UCUCUCUAAUCAUGAGAGUAACAACCUUCGUGAUCUUGUGCUGUGCUCUGCAGUAUGUGUCUGCAGAUGCAAUUGAUGAUGCAUUGCAAUAUGCACUCAGAAAUGGCAGACUAGAAACAAAAAAAGUAAACGAAACUGAUGAAGUAGACUACGACUCAACAGGUAAUGCUUACGAAAAAUCUACAACAACGAAAGAAUACGAAGCUUAUGGCGAUGUUGAUAAAGACGUGACAGGAGAUGAUGUCAAAGUUAAAACAAUUGUUAUAAAAACUGACUCAACCGGUCAUGAAACAAUAUGGGAAGAAGAUGUACUCAUUCAUAAGAAAAACCAGCCCGGUUCAUCGGCUGAAACAGAAACAAGAACAGUUUUAAGUUCAAAACCAAGAGGUCCACUUAAUGCAGGCCCAACGGUUAUUGUCGAAAACAAUAGCAGGCAAUCUGCAGCAUCCAUCGAAUCAUCUGUCUCGACAGCUACCUCAGGCUCUGCUCCUGGACCUAUUAUUGGUUUCAAUAUACCAGUACAGUACUCACCUUACGGAAAUCAAGCUGGCGCAUCAGCAACUGCUGCAGCUACUGCAGGCUCUGCCGGUGGCGUUAACUACGGAUUGAACGGAUUUUACGGUGGCGUAGGAGGCGUAGGCCAAGACACCAUUGUGAUCAACAACAGCGGUGCUUCUGGUUCUUCGUCGAGCGCUGCUGCUGCAAGCUCUGCUGCUAGCUCUGGUAACAGUCUAGCCGAACAGGAAGCACUAUUAGAAGCCACAGAAGCAGCCGAAGCCGCUGCUAUCGCCGCCGCAUCUGCACGUUACGCACCUUACGGUAACCAAGCCGGUCGUACCGUCGUAAUCAACAACGAGUCCGGUUCUGGACCGAAUUCAGCCGCCUCAGCUGCUUCGUCAUCAGCCGGCGCUGCAGGACAAGGUGGAAUAGGAUCUGGACUUAGAGGUUUGGGAUCAUCAGGCGCUGGAUUAUACGGAUUGGACGGUCUCAACGGACUCAACGGUCUUAACAGACUUCUUGGAGGACAAGGCACUGGAUCAGCAGCUUCCGCCGCUGCUGCCGCAGCCGCCGCCGCAGGUUCAGACAGUCGUGGAAACUUAGGACUACUCGGAUCUUCGGGACUAUACGGAAACAAUGGUAAAGGCGCCGUCAUCAUCAACAACAAUGGAGGAAACGAAUCUGCAUCGAGCGCUUCUGCCUCAAGCUCAGCCGCCUCUUCCGCGGACUCAGAUGCAUCUAGACUCGCUGCUCAAGUCGCCGCCCUAGAAGCGGUCGAAGCCGCCGCCAUCGCUGCCGCAUCUGGACGCUACGCUCCUUACGGUAACCAAGUCGUAAUCAACAACGACUCAGGUUCCGGAUCAUCUUCAGCCGCCUCAUCUGCUUCAGCAUCCGCUGGUUCCGCUGGACAAGGAUCUGGUGCUGGAUUGAACGGUGCCGGGCUAUACGGCACCAACGGACUAUACGGACUACAAGGUCAAGGUAGUAACGCCGCCGGAUCGGCCGCAUCAGCUGCCGCUGCCGCUGGAGCACAAGGAUCCGGCCUCAGUGGUUUGGGAUCUACCGGCGCUGGAUUGUACGGAUUAAACGGACGCAACGUACUUAACGGACAAGGUGUCGGAUCAUCAGCUUCCGCAGCCGCUGUCGCCUCUGCAGGCUCAGCCGGAAGUGGUAAUUACGCAAACGGUUUGAACGGAUUCUACGGUGGCGUAGGAGGCGUAGGCCAAGACACCAUUGUGAUCAACAACAGCGGUGCUUCUGGUUCUUCGUCAAGCGCUGCUGCUUCAAGCUCUGCUGCUAGCUCUGGUAACAGUCUAGCCGAAAGGGAAGCACUAUUAGAAGCCACAGAAGCAGCAGAAGCCGCUGCUAUCGCUGCCGCAUCUGCACGUUAUGCACCUUACGGUAACCAAGCCGGACGUACCGUCGUAAUCAACAACGAGUCCGGUUCUGGAUCAUCUACAGCCGCCUCAUCUGCUGCGUCAUCAGCCGGCGCUGCUGGACAAGGUGGAUUAGGAUCUGGUCUUGGAGGUUUGGGAUCAUCAGGCGCUGGAUUAUACGGAUUGAACGGUCUCAACGGACUUCUUGGAGGACAAGGUUCCGGAUCAUCUUCAGCCGCCUCAUCUGCUUCGGCAUCCGCUGGUUCCACUGGACAAGGAUCUGGUGCUGGAUUGCACGGUGCCAGUCUAUACGGCACCAACGGACUAUACGGACUACAAGGUCAAGGUAGUAACGCCGCCGGAUCGGCCGCAUCAGCUGCCGCUGCCGCUGGAGCACAAGGAUCCGGCCUCAGUGGUUUGGGAUCUACCGGCGCUGGAUUGUACGGAUUGAACGGAAGCAACGGACUUAACGGACAAGGUGCCGGAUCAUCAGCUUCCGCAGCCGCUGUCGCCUCUGCAGGCUCAGCCGGAAGUGGUAAUUACGCAAACGGUUUGAACGGAUUCUACGGUGGCGUAGGAGGCGUAGGCCAAGACACCAUUGUGAUCAACAACAGCGGUGCUUCUGGUUCUUCGUCAAGCUCUGCUGCUGCAAGCUCUGCUGCUAGCUCUGGUAACAGUCUAGCCGAACAGGAAGCACUAUUAGAAGCCACAGAAGCAGCAGAAGCCGCUGCUAUCGCUGCCGCAACUGCACGUUAUGCACCUUACGGUAACCAAGCCGGACCUACCGUCGUAAUCAACAACGAGUCCGGUUCUGGAUCAUCUUCAGCCGCCUCAUCUGCUGCGUCAUCAGCCGGCGCUGCUGGACAAGGUGGAUUAGGAUCUGGCCUUGGAGGUUUGGGAUCAUCAGGCGCUGGAUUAUACGGAUUGAACGGUCUCAACGGACUUCUUGGAGGACAAGGUUCCGGAUCAUCUUCAGCCGCCUCAUCUGCUUCGGCAUCCGCUGGUUCCGCUGGACAAGGAUCUGGUGCUGGAUUGAACGGUGCCGGGCUAUACGGCACCAACGGACUAUACGGACUACAAGGUCAAGGUAGUAACGCCGCCGGAUCGGCCGCAUCAGCUGCCGCUGCCGCUGGAGCACAAGGAUCCGGCCUCAGUGGUUUGGGAUCUACCGGCGCUGGAUUGUACGGAUUAAACGGACGCAACGUACUUAACGGACAAGGUGUCGGAUCAUCAGCUUCCGCAGCCGCUGUCGCCUCUGCAGGCUCAGCCGGAAGUGGUAAUUACGCAAACGGUUUGAACGGAUUCUACGGUGGCGUAGGAGGCGUAGGCCAAGACACCAUUGUGAUCAACAACAGCGGUGCUUCUGGUUCUUCGUCAAGCUCUGCUGCUGCAAGCUCUGCUGCUAGCUCUGGUAACAGUCUAGCCGAACAGGAAGCACUAUUAGAAGCCACAGAAGCAGCAGAAGCCGCUGCUAUCGCUGCCGCAUCUGCACGUUAUGCACCUUACGGUAACCAAGCCGGACGUACCGUCGUAAUCAACAACGAGUCCGGUUCUGGAUCAUCUUCAGCCGCCUCAUCUGCUGCGUCAUCAGCCGGCGCUGCUGGACAAGGUGGAUUAGGAUCUGGUCUUGGAGGUUUGGGAUCAUCAGGCGCUGGAUUAUACGGAUUGAACGGUCUCAACGGACUUCUUGGAGGACAAGGUUCCGGAUCAUCUUCAGCCGCCUCAUCUGCUUCGGCAUCCGCUGGUUCCACUGGACAAGGAUCUGGUGCUGGAUUGAACGGUGCCAGUCUAUACGGCACCAACGGACUAUACGGACUACAAGGUCAAGGUAGUAACGCCGCCGGAUCGGCCGCAUCAGCUGCCGCUGCCGCUGGAGCACAAGGAUCCGGCCUCAGUGGUUUGGGAUCUACCGGCGCUGGAUUGUACGGAUUGAACGGACGCAACGGACUUAACGGACAAGGUGCCGGAUCAUCAGCUUCCGCAGCCGCUGUCGCCUCUGCAGGCUCAGCCGGAAGUGGUAAUUACGCAAACGGUUUGAACGGAUUCUACGGUGGCGUAGGAGGCGUAGGCCAAGACACCAUUGUGAUCAACAACAGCGGUGCUUCUGGUUCUUCGUCAAGUUCUGCUGCUGCAAGCUCUGCUGCUAGCUCUGGUAACAGUCUAGCCGAACAGGAAGCACUAUUAGAAGCCACAGAAGCAGCAGAAGCCGCUGCUAUCGCUGCCGCAACUGCACGUUAUGCACCUUACGGUAACCAAGCCGGACCUACCGUCGUAAUCAACAACGAGUCCGGUUCUGGAUCAUCUUCAGCCGCCUCAUCUGCUGCGUCAUCAGCCGGCGCUGCUGGACAAGGUGGAUUAGGAUCUGGUCUUGGAGGUUUGGGAUCAUCAGGCGCUGGAUUAUACGGAUUGAACGGUCUCAACGGACUCAACGGUCUUAACAGACUUCUUGGAGGACAAGGCACUGGAUCAGCAGCUUCCGCCGCUGCUGCCGCAGCCGCCGCCGCAGGUUCAGACAGUCGUGGAAACUUAGGACUACUCGGAUCUUCGGGACUAUACGGAAACAAUGGUCAAGGCGCCGUCAUCAUCAACAACAAUGGAGGAAACGAAUCUGCAUCGAGCGCUUCUGCCUCAAGCUCAGCCGCCUCUUCCGCGGACUCAGAUGCAUCUAGACUCGCUGCUCAAGUCGCCGCCCUAGAAGCGGUCGAAGCCGCCGCCAUCGCUGCCGCAUCUGGACGCUACGCUCCUUACGGUAACCAAGUCGUAAUCAACAACGACUCAGGUUCCGGAUCAUCUUCAGCCGCCUCAUCUGCUUCAGCAUCCGCUGGUUCCGCUGGACAAGGAUCUGGUACUGGAUUGAACGGUGCCGGUCUAUACGGCACCAACGGACUAUACGGACUACAAGGUCAAGGUAGUAACGCCGCCGGAUCGGCCGUAUCAGCUGCCGCUGCCGCUGGAGCACAAGGAUCCGGCCUCAGUGGUUUGGGAUCUACCGGCGCUGGAUUGUACGGAUUGAACGGACGCAACGGACUUAACGGACAAGGUGCCGGAUCAUCAGCUUCCGCAGCCGCUGUCGCCUCUGCAGGCUCAGCCGGAAGUGGUAAUUACGCAAACGGUUUGAACGGAUUCUACGGUGGCGUAGGAGGCGUAGGCCAAGACACCAUUGUGAUCAACAACAGCGGUGCUUCUGGUUCUUCGUCAAGCUCUGCUGCUUCAAGCUCUGCUGCUAGCUCUGGUAACAGUCUAACCGAACAGGAAGCACUAUUAGAAGCCACAGAAGCAGCAGCAGCCGCUGCUAUCGCUGCCGCAUCUGCACGUUAUGCACCUUACGGUAACCAAGCCGGACGUACCGUCGUAAUCAACAACGAGUCCGGUUCUGGAUCAUCUUCAGCCGCCUCAUCUGCUGCGUCAUCAGCCGGCGCUGCUGGACAAGGUGGAUUAGGAUCUGGUCUUGGAGGUUUGGGAUCAUCAGGCGCUGGAUUAUACGGAUUGAACGGUCUCAACGGACUUCUUGGAGGACAAGGUUCCGGAUCAUCUUCAGCCGCCUCAUCUGCUUCGGCAUCCGCUGGUUCCGCUGGACAAGGAUCUGGUGUUGGAUUGAACGGUGCCGGUCUAUACGGCACCAACGGACUAUACGGACUACAAGGUCAAGGUAGUAACGCCGCCGGAUCGGCCGCAUCAGCUGCCGCUGCCGCUGGAGCACAAGGAUCCGGCCUCAGUGGUUUGGGAUCUACCGGCGCUGGAUUGUACGGAUUGAACGGACGCAACGGACUUAACGGACAAGGUGCCGGAUCAUCAGCUUCCGCAGCCGCUGUCGCCUCUGCAGGCUCAGCCGGAAGUGGUAAUUACGCAAACGGUUUGAACGGAUUCUACGGUGGCAUAGGAGGCGUAGGCCAAGACACCAUUGUGAUCAACAACAGCGGUGCUUCUGGUUCUUCGUCAAGCGCUGCUGCUUCAAGCUCUGCUGCUAGCUCUGGUAACAGUCUAGCCGAAAGGGAAGCACUAUUAGAAGCCACAGAAGCAGCAGAAGCCGCUGCUAUCGCUGCCGCAUCUGCACGUUAUGCACCUUACGGUAACCAAGCCGGACGUACCGUCGUAAUCAACAACGAGUCCGGUUCUGGAUCAUCUACAGCCGCCUCAUCUGCUGCGUCAUCAGCCGGCGCUGCUGGACAAGGUGGAUUAGGAUCUGGUCUUGGAGGUUUGGGAUCAUCAGGCGCUGGAUUAUACGGAUUGAACGGUCUCAACGGACUUCUUGGAGGACAAGGUUCCGGAUCAUCUUCAGCCGCCUCAUCUGCUUCGGCAUCCGCUGGUUCCACUGGACAAGGAUCUGGUGCUGGAUUGAACGGUGCCAGUCUAUACGGCACCAACGGACUAUACGGACUACAAGGUCAAGGUAGUAACGCCGCCGGAUCGGCCGCAUCAGCUGCCGCUGCCGCUGGAGCACAAGGAUCCGGCCUCAGUGGUUUGGGAUCUACCGGCGCUGGAUUGUACGGAUUGAACGGACGCAACGGACUUAACGGACAAGGUGCCGGAUCAUCAGCUUCCGCAGCCGCUGUCGCCUCUGCAGGCUCAGCCGGAAGUGGUAAUUACGCAAACGGUUUGAACGGAUUCUACGGUGGCGUAGGAGGCGUAGGCCAAGACACCAUUGUGAUCAACAACAGCGGUGCUUCUGGUUCUUCGUCAAGCUCUGCUGCUGCAAGCUCUGCUGCUAGCUCUGGUAACAGUCUAGCCGAACAGGAAGCACUAUUAGAAGCCACAGAAGCAGCAGAAGCCGCUGCUAUCGCUGCCGCAACUGCACGUUAUGCACCUUACGGUAACCAAGCCGGACCUACCGUCGUAAUCAACAACGAGUCCGGUUCUGGAUCAUCUUCAGCCGCCUCAUCUGCUUCGGCAUCCGCUGGUUCCGCUGGACAAGGAUCUGGUGUUGGAUUGAACGGUGCCGGUCUAUACGGCACCAACGGACUAUACGGACUACAAGGUCAAGGUAGUAACGCCGCCGGAUCGGCCGCAUCAGCUGCCGCUGCCGCUGGAGCACAAGGAUCCGGCCUCAGUGGUUUGGGAUCUACAGGCGCUGGAUUGUACGGAUUGAACGGACGCAACGGACUUAACGGACAAGGUGCCGGAUCAUCAGCUUCCGCAGCCGCUGUCGCCUCUGCAGGCUCAGCCGGAAGUGGUUAUUACGCAAAUGGUUUGAACGGAUUCUACGGUGGCGUAGGAGGCGUAGGCCAAGACACCAUUGUGAUCAACAACAGCGGUGCUUCUGGUUCUUCGUCAAGCGCUGCUGCUUCAAGCUCUGCUGCUAGCUCUGGUAACAGUCUAGCCGAAAGGGAAGCACUAUUAGAAGCCACAGAAGCAGCAGAAGCCGCUGCUAUCGCUGCCGCAUCUGCACGUUAUGCACCUUACGGUAACCAAGCCGGACGUACCGUCGUAAUCAACAACGAGUCCGGUUCUGGAUCAUCUACAGCCGCCUCAUCUGCUGCGUCAUCAGCCGGCGCUGCUGGACAAGGUGGAUUAGGAUCUGGUCUUGGAGGUUUGGGAUCAUCAGGCGCUGGAUUAUACGGAUUGAACGGUCUCAAUGGACUUCUUGGAGGACAAGGUUCCGGAUCAUCUUCAGCCGCCUCAUCUGCUUCGGCAUCCGCUGGUUCCACUGGACAAGGAUCUGGUGCUGGAUUGAACGGUGCCAGUCUAUACGGCACCAACGGACUAUACGGACUACAAGGUCAAGGUAGUAACGCCGCCGGAUCGGCCGCAUCAGCUGCCGCUGCCGCUGGAGCACAAGGAUCCGGCCUCAGUGGUUUGGGAUCUACCGGCGCUGGAUUGUACGGAUUGAACGGACGCAACGGACUUAACGGACAAGGUGCCGGAUCGUCAGCUUCCGCAGCCGCUGUCGCCUCUGCAGGCUCAGCCGGAAGUGGUAAUUACGCAAACGGUUUGAACGGAUUCUACGGUGGCGUAGGAGGCGUAGGCCAAGACACCAUUGUGAUCAACAACAGCGGUGCUUCUGGUUCUUCGUCAAGCUCUGCUGCUGCAAGCUCUGCUGCUAGCUCUGGUAACAGUCUAGCCGAACAGGAAGCACUAUUAGAAGCCACAGAAGCAGCAGAAGCCGCUGCUAUCGCUGCCGCAUCUGCACGUUAUGCACCUUACGGUAACCAAGCCGGACGUACCGUCGUAAUCAACAACGAGUCCGGUUCUGGAUCAUCUUCAGCCGCCUCAUCUGCUGCGUCAUCAGCCGGCGCUGCUGGACAAGGUGGAUUAGGAUCUGGUCUUGGAGGUUUGGGAUCAUCAGGCGCUGGAUUAUACGGAUUGAACGGUCUCAACGGACUCAACGGUCUUAACAGACUUCUUGGAGGACAAGGCACUGGAUCAGCAGCUUCCGCCGCUGCUGCCGCAGCCGCCGCCGCAGGUUCAGACAGUCGUGGAAACUUAGGACUACUCGGAUCUUCGGGACUAUACGGAAACAAUGGUCAAGGCGCCGUCAUCAUCAACAACAAUGGAGGAAACGAAUCUGCAUCGAGCGCUUCUGCCUCAAGCUCAGCCGCCUCUUCCGCGGACUCAGAUGCAUCUAGACUCGCUGCUCAAGUCGCCGCCCUAGAAGCGGUCGAAGCCGCCGCCAUCGCUGCCGCAUCUGGACGCUACGCUCCUUACGGUAACCAAGUCGUAAUCAACAACGACUCAGGUUCCGGAUCAUCUUCAGCCGCCUCAUCUGCUUCAGCAUCCGCUGGUUCCGCUGGACAAGGAUCUGGUACUGGAUUGAACGGUGCCGGUCUAUACGGCACCAACGGACUAUACGGACUACAAGGUCAAGGUAGUAACGCCGCCGGAUCGGCCGCAUCAGCUGCCGCUGCCGCUGGAGCACAAGGAUCCGGCCUCAGUGGUUUGGGAUCUACCGGCGCUGGAUUGUACGGAUUGAACGGACGCAACGGACUUAACGGACAAGGUGCCGGAUCAUCAGCUUCCGCAGCCGCUGUCGCCUCUGCAGGCUCAGCCGGAAGUGGUAAUUACGCAAACGGUUUGAACGGAUUCUACGGUGGCGUAGGAGGCGUAGGCCAAGACACCAUUGUGAUCAACAACAGCGGUGCUUCUGGUUCUUCGUCAAGCUCUGCUGCUUCAAGCUCUGCUGCUAGCUCUGGUAACAGUCUAGCCGAACAGGAAGCACUAUUAGAAGCCACAGAAGCAGCAGCAGCCGCUGCUAUCGCUGCCGCAUCUGCACGUUAUGCACCUUACGGUAACCAAGCCGGACGUACCGUCGUAAUCAACAACGAGUCCGGUUCUGGAUCAUCUUCAGCCGCCUCAUCUGCUGCGUCAUCAGCCGGCGCUGCUGGACAAGGUGGAUUAGGAUCUGGUCUUGGAGGUUUGGGAUCAUCAGGCGCUGGAUUAUACGGAUUGAACGGUCUCAACGGACUUCUUGGAGGACAAGGUUCCGGAUCAUCUUCAGCCGCCUCAUCUGCUUCGGCAUCCGCUGGUUCCGCUGGACAAGGAUCUGGUGUUGGAUUGAACGGUGCCGGUCUAUACGGCACCAACGGACUAUACGGACUACAAGGUCAAGGUAGUAACGCCGCCGGAUCGGCCGCAUCAGCUGCCGCUGCCGCUGGAGCACAAGGAUCCGGCCUCAGUGGUUUGGGAUCUACCGGCGCUGGAUUGUACGGAUUGAACGGACGCAACGGACUUAACGGACAAGGUGCCGGAUCGUCAGCUUCCGCAGCCGCUGUCGCCUCUGCAGGCUCAGCCGGAAGUGGUAAUUACGCAAACGGUUUGAACGGAUUCUACGGUGGCGUAGGAGGCGUAGGCCAAGACACCAUUGUGAUCAACAACAGCGGUGCUUCUGGUUCUUCGUCAAGCUCUGCUGCUGCAAGCUCUGCUGCUAGCUCUGGUAACAGUCUAGCCGAACAGGAAGCACUAUUAGAAGCCACAGAAGCAGCAGAAGCCGCUGCUAUCGCUGCCGCAUCUGCACGUUAUGCACCUUACGGUAACCAAGCCGGACGUACCGUCGUAAUCAACAACGAGUCCGGUUCUGGAUCAUCUUCAGCCGCCUCAUCUGCUGCGUCAUCAGCCGGCGCUGCUGGACAAGGUGGAUUAGGAUCUGGUCUUGGAGGUUUGGGAUCAUCAGGCGCUGGAUUAUACGGAUUGAACGGUCUCAACGGACUCAACGGUCUUAACAGACUUCUUGGAGGACAAGGCACUGGAUCAGCAGCUUCCGCCGCUGCUGCCGCAGCCGCCGCCGCAGGUUCAGACAGUCGUGGAAACUUAGGACUACUCGGAUCUUCGGGACUAUACGGAAACAAUGGUCAAGGCGCCGUCAUCAUCAACAACAAUGGAGGAAACGAAUCUGCAUCGAGCGCUUCUGCCUCAAGCUCAGCCGCCUCUUCCGCGGACUCAGAUGCAUCUAGACUCGCUGCUCAAGUCGCCGCCCUAGAAGCGGUCGAAGCCGCCGCCAUCGCUGCCGCAUCUGGACGCUACGCUCCUUACGGUAACCAAGUCGUAAUCAACAACGACUCAGGUUCCGGAUCAUCUUCAGCCGCCUCAUCUGCUUCAGCAUCCGCUGGUUCCGCUGGACAAGGAUCUGGUACUGGAUUGAACGGUGCCGGUCUAUACGGCACCAACGGACUAUACGGACUACAAGGUCAAGGUAGUAACGCCGCCGGAUCGGCCGCAUCAGCUGCCGCUGCCGCUGGAGCACAAGGAUCCGGCCUCAGUGGUUUGGGAUCUACCGGCGCUGGAUUGUACGGAUUGAACGGACGCAACGGACUUAACGGACAAGGUGCCGGAUCAUCAGCUUCCGCAGCCGCUGUCGCCUCUGCAGGCUCAGCCGGAAGUGGUAAUUACGCAAACGGUUUGAACGGAUUCUACGGUGGCGUAGGAGGCGUAGGCCAAGACACCAUUGUGAUCAACAACAGCGGUGCUUCUGGUUCUUCGUCAAGCUCUGCUGCUUCAAGCUCUGCUGCUAGCUCUGGUAACAGUCUAGCCGAACAGGAAGCACUAUUAGAAGCCACAGAAGCAGCAGCAGCCGCUGCUAUCGCUGCCGCAUCUGCACGUUAUGCACCUUACGGUAACCAAGCCGGACGUACCGUCGUAAUCAACAACGAGUCCGGUUCUGGAUCAUCUUCAGCCGCCUCAUCUGCUGCGUCAUCAGCCGGCGCUGCUGGACAAGGUGGAUUAGGAUCUGGUCUUGGAGGUUUGGGAUCAUCAGGCGCUGGAUUAUACGGAUUGAACGGUCUCAACGGACUUCUUGGAGGACAAGGUUCCGGAUCAUCUUCAGCCGCCUCAUCUGCUUCGGCAUCCGCUGGUUCCGCUGGACAAGGAUCUGGUGUUGGAUUGAACGGUGCCGGUCUAUACGGCACCAACGGACUAUACGGACUACAAGGUCAAGGUAGUAACGCCGCCGGAUCGGCCGCAUCAGCUGCCGCUGCCGCUGGAGCACAAGGAUCCGGCCUCAGUGGUUUGGGAUCUACCGGCGCUGGAUUGUACGGAUUGAACGGACGCAACGGACUUAACGGACAAGGUGCCGGAUCAUCAGCUUCCGCAGCCGCUGUCGCCUCUGCAGGCUCAGCCGGAAGUGGUAAUUACGUAAACGGUUUGAACGGAUUCUACGGUGGCGUAGGAGGCGUAGGCCAAGACACCAUUGUAAUCAACAACAGCGGUGCUUCUGGUUCUUCGUCAAGCUCGGCUGCUGCAAGCUCUGCUGCUAGCUCUGGUAACAGUCUAGCCGAACAGGAAGCACUAUUAGAAGCCACAGAAGCAGCAGAAGCCGCUGCUAUCGCUGCCGCAUCUGCACGUUAUGCACCUUACGGUAACCAAGCCGGACGUACCGUCGUAAUCAACAACGAGUCCGGUUCUGGAUCAUCUUCAGCCGCCUCAUCUGCUGCGUCAUCAGCCGGCGCUGCUGGACAAGGUGGAUUAGGAUCUGGUCUUGGAGGUUUGGGAUCAUCAGGCGCUGGAUUAUACGGAUUGAACGGUCUCAACGGACUUCUUGGAGGACAAGGUUCCGGAUCAUCUUCAGCCGCCUCAUCUGCUUCGGCAUCCGCUGGUUCCGCUGGACAAGGAUCUGGUGUUGGAUUGAACGGUGCCGGUCUAUACGGCACCAACGGACUAUACGGACUACAAGGUCAAGAUAGUAACGCCGCCGGAUCGGCCGCAUCUGCUGCCGCUGCCGCUGGAGCACAAGGAUCCGGCCUCAGUGGUUUGGGAUCUACCGGCGCUGGAUUGUACGGAUUGAACAGACGCAACGGACUUAACGGACAAGGUGCCGGAUCAUCAGCUUCCGCAGCCGCUGUCGCCUCUGCAGGCUCAGCCGGAAGUGGUAAUUACGCAAACGGUUUGAACGGAUUCUACGGUGGCGUAGGAGGCGUAGGCCAAGACACCAUUGUGAUCAACAACAGCGGUGCUUCUGGUUCUUCGUCAAGCUCUGCUGCUGCAAGCUCUGCUGCUAGCUCUGGUAACAGUCUAGCCGAACAGGAAGCACUAUUAGAAGCCACAGAAGCAGCAGAAGCCGCUGCUAUCGCUGCCGCAUCUGCACGUUAUGCACCUUACGGUAACCAAGCCGGACGUACCGUCGUAAUCAACAACGAGUCCGGUUCUGGAUCAUCUUCAGCCGCCUCAUCUGCUGCGUCAUCAGCCGGCGCUGCUGGACAAGGUGGAUUAGGAUCUGGUCUUGGAGGUUUGGGAUCAUCAGGCGCUGGAUUAUACGGAUUGAACGGUCUCAACGGACUUAACGGACAAGGUGCCGGAUCAUCAGCUUCCGCAGCCGCUGUCGCCUCUGCAGGCUCAGCCGGAAGUGGUAAUUACGCAAACGGUUUGAACGGAUUCUACGGUGGCGUAGGAGGCGUAGGCCAAGACACCAUUGUGAUCAACAACAGCGGUGCUUCUGGUUCUUCGUCAAGCUCUGCUGCUGCAAGCUCUGCUGCUAGCUCUGGUAACAGUCUAGCCGAACAGGAAGCACUAUUAGAAGCCACAGAAGCAGCAGAAGCCGCUGCUAUCGCUGCCGCAUCUGCACGUUAUGCACCUUACGGUAACCAAGCCGGACGUACCGUCGUAAUCAACAACGAGUCCGGUUCUGGAUCAUCUUCAGCCGCCUCAUCUGCUGCGUCAUCAGCCGGCGCUGCUGGACAAGGUGGAUUAGGAUCUGGUCUUGGAGUUUUGGGAUCAUCAGGCGCUGGAUUAUACGGAUUGAACGGUCUCAACGGACUUCUUGGAGGACAAGGUUCCGGAUCAUCUUCAGCCGCCUCAUCUGCUUCGGCAUCCGCUGGUUCCGCUGGACAAGGAUCUGGUGCUGGAUUGAACGGUGCCGGUCUAUACGGCACCAACGGACUAUACGGACUACAAGGUCAAGGUAGUAACGCCGCCGGAUCGGCCGCAUCAGCUGCCGCUGCCGCUGGAGCACAAGGAUCCGGCCUCAGUGGUUUGGGAUCUACCGGCGCUGGAUUGUACGGAUUGAACGGACGCAACGGACUUAACGGACAAGGUGCCGGAUCAUCAGCUUCCGCAGCCGCUGUCGCCUCUGCAGGCUCAGCCGGAAGUGGUAAUUACGCAAACGGUUUGAACGGAUUCUACGGUGGCGUAGGAGGCGUAGGCCAAGACACCAUUGUGAUCAACAACAGCGGUGCUUCUGGUUCUUCGUCAAGCUCUGCUGCUGCAAGCUCUGCUGCUAGCUCUGGUAACAGUCUAGCCGAACAGGAAGCACUAUUAGAAGCCACAGAAGCAGCAGAAGCCGCUGCUAUCGCUGCCGCAUCUGCACGUUAUGCACCUUACGGUAACCAAGCCGGACGUACCGUCGUAAUCAACAACGAGUCCGGUUCUGGAUCAUCUUCAGCCGCCUCAUCUGCUGCGUCAUCAGCCGGCGCUGCUGGACAAGGUGGAUUAGGAUCUGGUCUUGGAGGUUUGGGAUCAUCAGGCGCUGGAUUAUACGGAUUGAACGGUCUCAACGGACUUCUUGGAGGACAAGGUUCCGGAUCAUCUUCAGCCGCCUCAUCUGCUUCGGCAUCCGCUGGUUCCGCUGGACAAGGGUCUGGUGCUGGAUUGAACGGUGCCGGUCUAUACGGCACCAACGGACUAUACGGACUACUAGGCCAAGGUAGUAACGCCGCUGCAUCAUCUGCAGCAUCUUCCACUGCCAUUUCUUCCUACGGACGUGGAAGAGGACGGGUGCGCCAAUCAUGCAAACUAAACCGUCGUCAAUUUAUCAUAAGAUAUGGCAGAAAAGGUCUCGCCUGUACUGAUUGUUAGGUGAUCUAGGUCUAAGAGCUUGAAGUUCAAUUUAAUUGUUUUGUCUUACUUGAGUACAUCUUUAUAACAAUGAAAUAAAUAUAGUUUUGCAGCAUGAA